CCAAUAGUUAAAUGUGUUCCAAUAUAGAAAAGAAUUACAGUUAAGAACUGAUCAUUUUAUGUAGAGCAGAAGAGUUAAGUACAUUCCAAUAUAGGAAACAAAUAAUCCUCAACCCCUUCCACAAAUUCUUCAGAUCAGACUGAAGUUUCAGUCCAUAUAUACACCAUCAAUAUAGGAAACAAAUAAAUUCUUCAGAUCAGGCUGAAGUUUCAAUCUAUAUAUGCACCAUCCCCACCAGCUUUCAUAGCAACAAUGAAGUUUCAAUCUAUAUAUACACCAUCCCCACCAGCUUUCUCAGCAACAGUGGAGUCAAUCUCAUCUGCUUCUCUCAGAUCUUUUCAUGUCCCAAACCAUUCUCCUCUCCCUCGUCAUUCACGCACCUUGAUUGUAUCCAAUGUCCAAACUGAAGCAAAACCCCCUGCACCCACAUCCUCAGACAAAAAGUCCAGUCUCCUAGUCGAACAUGACGCACCAACCCAUCCCUUAAAAUCCACGAAAAAGCCUGCAACUGUGCAGACGUUCAAGACCCAAACUUCCAAAAAAGUCCCCACUUCCCAAGCUCUAGCAGCGCUUUUCUGCAACACUGUAGAUGACAUCAUCAACAACUUCAUCGAAAAACCCCUGAAACCAUCGGUGGAUCCCAGGUUCGUUUUAGCGGGCAACUUUGCCCCAGUCCGAGAGACUCCCAGAACAGAGUGUCUGAACAUCCGAGGAACUCUGCCCACCUGUCUGAACGGCGUCUACAUUCGCAAUGGCCCAAAUCCCAGUCAUCUUCCAAAAAGCUCCUACCAUUCCUUCGAUGGAGACGGAAUGCUGCACGCCCUGCGAAUUCGAAAUGGCCGAGCAACUUUUUCCAGCCGUUUCGUUCAGACCAACAAAUUUGUCGGCGAAGGGAACGCCGGAGGUCCGUUGAUGCCCAACGUCUUCGCCGGCUUUCAUGGCGUCGCCGGCAUAGCCAGGGGAGCACUUUUCUCAGCAAGAAUAGCUCUUGGGCUCUUCAAUCCUCUCCAUGGCUAUGGCCUCGCAAAUACCAGUCUUUUGUUCUUCGACAACAAGUUGAUGGCUUUGGGGGAAUCCGAUGUGCCGUACAUAGUCCGGGUGACAGAAUCAGGGGAUUUGGAGACUGUUGGUCGGUAUGACUUCGAAGGGAGAUUGUUCAUGGGUAUGACUGCGCAUCCGAAGAUCGAUCCUGAAACAGGGGAAUUGUUCGCCUUUCGGUAUGGUCCUGUGGCGCCAUUUCUGAACUUCUUCAGGGUGGCACCGAGUGGGGAGAAGGAGCCCGACGUCGGAAUCUCGUCCCUGCACCAGCUUUCUUUCAUUCAUGACUUCGCCAUCACGAGGAAAUUCGCCAUUUUUCCCGACACACAGAUUGUGGCAAAGCCAUUGGAGAUCGUUGCAGGUGAGGGAUCGAUGAUUGGGUACGAUGGAAGUAAAGUAGCUCGACUGGGCAUCAUUCCUCGCUAUGCUACGGAUGAUUCGGAGAUCAAGUGGGUGGACGUUCCGGGCUUCAAUUUUUUUCAUUCGCUCAAUGCGUGGGACGAGGGGGAUGAAAUUGUGCUCGUUGCCCCCAAUGCGUCACCCGUUGAACAUGUUCUUGAGAAUCAACAUCUGGUUCAUCCCAUGGUGGAGGAAGUCCGGAUCAAUUUGGGAACUGGGAAAGUUAGACGAAAGUGUUUGUGUUCUAAGCCCCUAGAAUUCGGGGCGGUGAAUCAGGGAUUCAUAGGUAAGAAGAACAGAUAUGCGUAUAUGUCUUUGGGUGCACCGUUGCCGAAGAUUGCAGGAGUUGUUAAGCUUGAUUUUGAGAGCAAAAGUUGUGAUUGUGAGGUUGCUUCAAGGGUGUAUGAAAAUGGAUGCUUUGGCAGUGAGCCCUUUUUUGUGCCCCGGAGUUCUGAUCUGAACGCUGUGGAGGAUGAUGGGUAUGUGGUGUCGUACACUCACAAUGAAAGGAGUGGAGUUUCGGAGUUUGUGGUGAUGGAUGCGCAAUCUCCGACGUUGGAGAUCGUGGCCUCUGUUGAACUCCCUGUCAGAGUUCCCUACGGUUUUCAUGGGCUCUUCGUUAGUGAGAAAGAGUUAGCCAAUGCAGAUUUCUAGAUGGAAGAAUGCUUUGCUUCCUCAUGUAUAUAGACUGUAUAGUGAUUUGAUCAACUUCAUAUUAGGAUAACUGGUAAGUUCUACAGGGAUCUCUUUGUCAUUAUAGCGUAGAUAGAACGACACAUUAACAGACACAAGCAAUUCAAGCAAGAGCAAGUUCCUUCUAAGACGUAACUUUCACACAGUAUUAUUGUUGUCUUGUUCACAUCGCUGUACCUGGACUAUACUGGCAAGAUUAAAUUUUAUCACAGAUAUUAUAAUUCUACA